AUGGAGAGGCGGCAAAAGCAUUCGAAUCCAGAAGUUCCCUUUCGAUUAGCAUUGAGAGCUUCUCAAUCGUCCAGCGAAGAUUCGAAGCCAUUGAGUUCGAAAACGAUGAUGAUGAAGAAUCAGAAGCAUCAGUCCGGAACCAUUGUUGAUAGAAUUAGCGUUAGAGUUCCUUCAAAGCUGUUCUUAUCAUCGUCUUCGUCCCCAGCGACGUGUUCUUCGGCGAAUCCUAGCAAGCACUGUUGUCAUCAUUCGCAGACAGAAAUGUUGCUUCAGAAUUACUCGAAUUUCAAGCGGAGUGGUCUACCGGUUAGGUUCUUGUACUGUUUGGAUGGAUCGUGGAUUGAUUUUCCAGAAGAGGUUUUUGGUUCGCUGAGAUCGGGUUUCUUGGUGGGGCAGCCAGUGGUAGAGGUUACAAUUGACGGUAAUAAAUUCUUAUUUGAUUUUUAUCGGAUGGUGCAAAUUGAUUUUGAGUCUGGGAGUCAAAUUUCCAUUGCUUGGAUUGAUGCUAACAACAGGUGUUUUUUCCCCAACGUUUUGGUCGGUGGUGGAGGUUGCGGUGGAGAGUUCGAGGAUUUUUCACGAAAUACGAGUACUGAUAUUGUGAGUUUGCCGGAGAAUCCGAAAUCUGAAAUUGCUAAUGUGAGGGAAAAUUUAGGCUCCGAGAAUGUGAAGGUUGAGAUGGAGCUAGUUAUUGCCGGAAUUCGAAAUUCGAAUUCCGAUUCCAUUAAGAGGAAGAGGAAGAGCGUGGAAUUUGAAUCUGAAGUAGUGAAACAAGUGAAUACGGAGGGGAGUUCGUCAAAUUAUGAAGGUCUCAGAACGAAGAGGCGGCAAUUGGUUGUAGUUGAUUCGGAAUCGCCAAGGUGGCCGAAGGCGAAGUUGUUGAAAGAAGGAGAAAAGGCAAAUUCUAUUGUGAAAACUUUGUUUUUGAAUUGGUUAGGAAUUGUUGAGCCUGGUGCUACAAUUACUGCGAUUCAUCAGUGUCUACGAACUAGUCCAUUGGAUAGAGCUCGGUCCCAAGUUUUCCAGAAGCAGAUGGAGAUUGUUAAGGCUGCUAGAGGAGACUCCAAUAUGGUGUUCGCUUGGCAUGGGACGUCGGCCAAAGGCUUGGAGAGCAUUUUGACUCAUGGGUUUAGUAUCCCCAGCAAGAUUUCUGGUUCUGAAGCUCAUGGUGUUGGUGUUUACUUGUCUCCUGUAAGGUCACCUCAUACAAGUACAAUUUUAUCCGAGGUAGACGAUAAUGGCGAAAAGCAUGUUAUUCUCUGUCGAGUUAUAUUGGGCAAAUGUGAAAAGGUCCCGGCAGGGUCUCGGCAGUUGUAUCCUUCGGGUGUUGAUUUUGAUACGGGGGUGGAUGAUCUUAACAAUCCCAAGUGGUAUGUGGUGUGGUGUGCAAACAUGAACACUCAUAUUCUUCCCGAGUGCGUUGUGAGCUACAAAUCUUCUCUCAGUGUUCCCGGUCAAUUUAAUGGAUCAUCAUCUAUGAAGUGGGUCCCUCGUGCAUUGCCGUUGGUUGGAAAGUUAUUUUCCAAGCUGGAAAGUUCUCUCCCUCCUGCCAAAAUUCGGGAAUUGCGAACCUUAUGCAAUAUAUUUAAGGAAAAAAAAUUAAGGAAAGAGAUUUUCAUGAAAGGGUUACGAUCAGUUGUCGGGGACGAGAUGCUGCGGUCGACUAUCCAUGAAAUUCGUGGCUGUGAAUGAGGUUUUUUAGUUUUGUUAUUGUCAUGGAUUGUCCAUACUAUAGAAAUUAAUGUAAUGAUACCCAAUCACAGGGUGUUUAAAGAGAAAAGCCUCAGAAAUAGGAAAGAAGAUAGACUUUCUUUUUCAGGUUUGGCUUUUUUUUUUUUGCAAUCUCUAUCCCCAACCAGUACUUAUGUAAUUACUAUGACUCGAGUUCAAUGGAA